AUGCCGACCAUUAACGUCGACAAGUACGCCCUCUUCGAGGCGCUUGGCGAGCAGUUCCCAGGGGAUAGCUUCCAAAAGCUCUGCUUCGAUUUCGGCAUUGAGCUGGACGGAGAUACUGAAGAUGAUCCGUCACGCCCUAAGGAUCAAGCCCCUGAGCUGGCCAUCGAGAUCCCCGCCAACCGAUAUGAUAUGCUGUGCUUCGAGGGCAUUGUGACAAACCUUAACAUCUUCCGGGGCAAGCACGCGACACCGAACUGGAGGCUCGUCGAUAUUCCCGAGGACAAGAUGCAAACUCUCACUAUCGCACAAAGUACGGAGCAAGUCCGCCCAAUCGGAACACACGACCUCGACACCAUCAAGGGCCCUUUCACAUACGAGGGCUUGGCGCCAAAGGACAUCAACUUUGUCCCGUUGAACCAAACGAAGCAGAUCAACGGGGAGGAACUGAUGAGUUUCUACGAGACGGACAGGCACCUUGGCAAAUACCUUCAUAUUCUCCGAGACAAACCCGUCUACCCGGUCAUUCUCGAUGCCGACAGAAACAUCUGCUCGCUACCUCCUAUCAUCAAUAGCGAGCGUUCCAAGAUUACGCUUGACACGCAAAACGUCUUCAUCGACAUGACGGCGACCGACCAAACUAAACUGGACAUCGUCUGCAACAUCAUGGUCACUAUGUUCUCCCAGUACUGCGCCGAGCCCUUCACGAUCGAACCAGUCAAGGUGAUUUCAGACCACAACGGGACUACUCGGGUAACACCCAGCUUAGCUACACGGACGAUGGAAGUCGAGGUCGAUUAUCUGAAUCAAGUCUGCGGGCUCAAGGAGUCACCCGAGUCGAUAGCCAAGCUUCUGAGCAAGAUGGCAUUAAGCGCGGAGCCGCUGGAAGACCCGAAGCUGCUUAAGGUCACGGUGCCGCCCACAAGAGCCGACGUUUUGCACUCAUGUGAUGUGAUGGAAGAUGUCGCCAUUGCCUACGGGUUCAACGACCUCCCCCGGUCGACUCCCAACAGGUCGGUCACGAUUGGCAAGCCGCUGAUGAUCAACAAGCUCAGUGAUAUUGUGCGCCAUGAGUCCGCCAUGGCUGGAUGGGCCGAGGUCAUGCCCCUUAUCCUCUGCUCGCAUGAAGAAAACUUCGAAUGGCUCAACCGCAAGGACGACGGCACGACGGCAGUUAAGCUCGCUAACCCGAAGACGGUCGAAUACCAAAUUGCGCGGACGUCGUUGCUUCCCGGACUACUCAAGACCUUGAGCGAAAACAAGGCGAUGCGCCUUCCCCUGGAGAUCUUCGAAGCAUCUGAUGUUGUUCUCAAGGACGAGUCGCUUGAGCGCCGGGCGAGGAAUGAGCGUCAUUGGGCGGCUGCGUACUAUGGCAAGACCAGCGGCUUCGAAAUCGUGCACGGCCUUCUUGACCGCGUCAUGACGAUGCUGCGAGUCGCCUUUAUCACACACGAGGAGGGCUUGGAAGGCAAGAGCAUCGACUUCGAAGUAAAAGAGAACCCGAGCCAGCAGGACGGCUACUUCAUCAAAGAAAUUGACGAGCCCACCUUCUUCAACGGGCGCGCUGCCGCCAUCUACGUGCGGCUCGGAGGGAAGCUUCAGCGGAUCGGCGAGUUCGGUGUCUUGCAUCCGACGGUUCUGGAAAAGUUCGAUCUGAGGUACCCGGUGAGCACGCUCGAGAUUAACCUCGAAGUCUUCUUGUGA